GCACAAAACCCAGCUAGUCUGUGACUGGUGUUCCUGUGUGACUACUCGCAGCGGCGCGGCUGACAGCACAGCAGCACCAUGGGGCUGGAACAUGUGAUGCAGAUUGGGUACAUGAUCAUCGUCGUGUCCGUCCUGCUGAUGGUAUGGGCCUCCAUGAUAGGAGCCACACAUCAGGUGACCCACCAUCACCGUGACGUGGACUACCCUCCGUGCGUGUUCAACCCCCUGUGUACCUGCUCCAAGGCGGUGCCAGACCUGGGUAUAGUCACCUGCAGGGACGUGCCCCUGCCUAGGAUACCUCCCCCCAUCAACAGCAGCAAGGUGUUCAUGCUCAGCCUGGACAACAACGGCCUCAACUACCUCGAGCCUCACUUCCUAGAGGGAACUGGCCUUUACCGACUGGAGGUGAGUCGUAAUCCUAUCCAUCACAUUCCUGACGAGGCAUUCAUCGGACUAGAGAGAUCCCUGUGGGAACUAGAGUUGACCGAUGGCUACCUCAGAUCUGUGCCGAGCCGAGCUUUCCGCCACCUGCAGAAACUGCGGGUCCUUAACCUCAAAGGCAACGAGAUCUCAGAGAUCAACCCGGAGAGUUGGAGAGGUCUGGAGGAAUCGUUGCAGAACCUGAACCUCGCAGAGAAUGCAAUCGCACACUUGCCUGGCUCCGUGUUCUCUACGUUGCAGAACCUAGAGACUCUAGACUUGCGAGGCAACGCCAUCAUGGACUUUGACCCGACGGUGUUUGCUGGUGGGCCUCCUAGAUUGAUCAGACUGAUCCUUGCAGACAACCAGAUGCGCCACGUCCCCUACCGCCAGGUCUCUUCCCUCAAACUUCUGCGGCACUUGGACCUCAGCUACAACAUGAUAACCCAACUACACUCCACUGGCAGCUCGGAACCUGAACAUGCUGGCAGUCAACUCUCCCUGGAUACUCUGCAUCUUGACUACAACAACAUACAGUAUCUCCCUCCUGGGGCCUUCCAGCAUUUCAACAUCCUCAACCAGACCUUCCUCAAUGGCAACCCUCUUGCUCUCGUGCAGACUGAUGCUUUCCGAGACGCCCGUAUCCGAGAGCUGUACAUGGUGGACUGUGGUCUGCAGGAGAUUUCUCCCUCUGCCUUCUCCGGUCUAGAGGCAUCUCUGCAACUCCUGGACAUCUCCGGCAACAAUCUGACAAGUCUUCCUCCACAUCUGCUACAGUUUCACACUGAGGGUGUUAAUAAACCCUUCUUGGCCCGAAUUGAAAGAAAG